GUGAGUGAGUGAGUGAGUGAGUGAGUGAGUGAGUGAGUGAAAACUGGUGGCUAAGUUAUCAUACGAAGUAGGUAUGCUUCCUGUCAGAGACCUGUCGAGCCUGUCAUAUGUUUUCAUUUCAUGUUUCCACUUUUGAUACGAACUUCAUAAGCACCCUCGGCACCCAAACACUUUACGUGAGGUGUACAUGGGCUGUUGAACAUCUUUCGAUACUUUGGGGGGGAGGGGAGUUGCAAGUCCUGAUGCACAUGUGCAAUAUGCAACAUGCAAUAUAAUACGGAUCAAUAUCAAAUGGCGUUGCUGAGAAGAUCUCGGUGGCAUGAUUCAUUGCAGAAGACGGUGUGAUGAUUGAUGAUUGAUAGGUUCACCACUCUGUACCGUGAGGGCACUUUGGAGAGUGGGAGGGGAGACGAUUUGCCAAGCUUUGUGCCGAUAUCCGUUUGAACCGCCAAUGUAGGUAGCUGCAGUACUUGCUGGGGACAUGCCGAAGGGGAAAGCACAUCCGCUCUGUCUAUGAUAAGAAUUUUAGCCCACCGGUGGCCCACGUUAAGUAUGAUUACUAGGUAAUUAUAGAAAGUCUUUGCGGUAUGACUCCAAAGGCCGAGGCCAAGACGAUAUCCACGAUUCGAUAAAGCUUCGUUCAAAAGUUUCAAAGUUUCAAAGUUUCGAAACCGUGUGCCGAAGAGGAGACGACACCAAUGCAGGAACUUGAUGUGAUUACGAGUAAAUGCCUCAUGCUUUUCCUAACGCCGUGAAACGGAAUCCAUCAAAGUCGAUUUGCGUAGGAUGAUCUUCAAGACUUUGUAUCGAAUUUCGAUAGCGACAAUGUCGAGCCGAGCCGAAGAAAAGACGAUACUAAUGCAAGCACGUGGCAAGGAAACGUUGGAAGGACUUGACGUGUUUGUUCAGGUUGAAGACGACAUUUGUAUCGGUGUGGCUUUCUGUACCUACCUAGGUAGCCUCGUAGCCUUCACAUCUCGUUCAUCCUUCACGUCUCCUCCAUAGAAUCUCAAUCAGUCUUCCUCACAUGAAGUUGCAGCUGAUGUGUCCAGGGUGAAUGCAAGAUCUUCAAUGCUUCAUAUCGAAGACGGUGAUGUUUUAAGCCGCGACCCGCAGAUGUCAUAUCAUAUCACAUACGAUAAUGUCGUUUCAAUUUUUAUUUAUGGAGAACAUGGAGAAGUUUCAGGGGAUUCUAGACUUUCGGGGCUUGAGAAGAAAAUCUUCCCCGGUGAACUUUAAUCAAUUCUCGAAGAUUGUCUGGGCUCGCUGGGUUUGAAAUUAUCUAAGCUCGUUCGGACUAACUACGGCCAAUCCGGUAUGCGGCCGCUCGGAUCACGUGUGAUGAAGUUGUACGCGAUUUACCGUGCUCGCCGUGUUGCUAUCAAGCGCAAUUUGUUGUCGCGACUGAAGAAGCAAGCAAAUGUCAAAACUUCGAGCAAAAUUCCAACAAAAUCUUCUACUAUCUAUCGCUGGCAACAAACGCACUGUGAUCAGUCAUUCAUAGUAUCUAAUUAAUUUACAAUAAGCCUCAGCCAUUCAUCUCCGAGCCAUGGCGCCCGGUUUUUCCCACCCAAGAGUUUCAAAGAAUUUGCAAAAUACACAAUUGAGCUACGAACUACCGCAUCGCAUUCAUACUACUAAGGUCUACCCGUUACUUUCACCAAAUGGAUCAACGAUAAUUCUACAAGGCAAUGAAGAUGGAGUGAGAAUAAUAUGGAGAGGUGGUAGGCCUUUCAAAUUACAAAGAGAGAUACAUCCAAAGACUACACAAACCAAUGGUGCGAACAAAGUCAUCUCUCUCGACUCAGAUGAGGAUGAACCUUCCAAACCACCUUUCGAGGAUAAACCAGAAUUCGAAGACGAGGAAGAGGAAAUCGAUCCAAGAAGGCCAUACCCGAGCAUUCUGCAGACUCUAGAUUUACAAUUUGGAACCGAUGUUCUUCACAUCAGUCUUUUACCAAGCUCAACACUGAAAGCGGAUGGCACUCCCUGGCGCGGAAUCGAUCCAUUGAAACAAAAAAUCGUUUUUACUGCAGCUUGCGGUGAUAAUACUGUUCGGCUAAUCACAUUACCUCUCACACCGCCGUCUCCUCUUAGUAAAGAUCGUGAUGAAUUUCGACUUACCCCCGCGAUAGCAAAUGUCGGAAAUGGAAAAUGGGGAGAGGCCAUGAUUAUUUUGACUGGUCACCAAAAGACUUCGGAUGGAAUAACUAUGACUGUUGAUUUUGAAGGAAAACAGGCUUCCACGAAAGAUGAUUCAAACACUGCAUCAGAGACACAAAUCAUAGUAGCUUCGCAUUCAAAAGAAAUCACUGGAUUGUUACAGCUAUGGCGCAUACCACUGCCAAUGCCUCCUUCAUCAACCACGGUGCCACCCUUCCAAUCGGUUUAUAUGUCAUCACCAGCCGUCAGCAUUUCAUUUAAUCCAUCAUUCUCAGAACAUCAUUCAAGUCAUUUACUUGUCGCUGAUAAUCUAGGCACUUGCCGAAUUUACAAUUAUAAGCUUCUGGUUAAUCCUUCGGAAGAUCCUGAGAGCGCGAUUGCUGAGCAAGGAUCUUGGCUCAUUUCCUUGUACCCCGGGUUUAAGAACAACAAAGCCGAUUCCCAGGCAUCGCAUAAGAAUACUUACUCUGGCUUUGGUCGAAAAUCAAUUGUGGAUGCAAAGUGGGUAUACGGUGGCAAAGCAGUUCUUGUAUUACUCAGUGACGGAGAAUGGGGUGUGUGGGAUGUGAAUGGUGUAGGACCAGGAGCAAAAAGAGGUGUCCUUGGUCAACAAUCGAUCAAAGGAGGUUCACGAUCAGAGUUCUCCCUUACAGGUUAUGUCGAAGGUGCAACCAAAUCUAACUCAAAAACAACUGGCCCUCCACAAAUCUCACAAUCAAAAUUCGCUCCCAUGACUCCUGGAACGCGUAAAACAACCGAUCUAUUCAGCAAUAAGAUCCAGUCCACUGGUCCAGUCCGCGGAAGGAUAUCAGUACUCGAGAUACCAUCCGUGGCAUCUCAUUUGGCAUUUGAAGAAUCUAUUCUCUUCUGGUUGGGUGAUUCCUACACACUUAUUCCCUCUCUCUCAAAAUACUGGUCCGCCAAUCCUCGCAAAGGUCAAUCUUCAACAAAUAUUUUCAACACAUCUCCUGGUUCCCGUCCCAUUAAGUUGGAAAAUGUGGACCUAUUGGGCGAACGUUGUAUUAGUAUUGAACAAGCUCCCAAGUCUUCAAUUUCACCACAUACCAGGUCCGAGAUACCAUCCGAUAUCUUCAUAAUAGGUGAACACAGGUUUAUUAUUCUCAUUGGAGGCAAAUCUGUAGCACCAAAACCAAAUCAAAAUGCUUAUGCAUUACAAUUGGUGCAAAGAGAAGAUGAAGAUGAGCAGAUGACGGAUGAUAGAAUGAUAGCGGUAGGAAGUGGCGAAUUGGAUGUUAAUGAUAUUGACAGAGCAUUAGCGAGGAUGGAAAAUAAAGAAAGAUCGGGUGGAGGUUUAUUGUUUGGUGGGAAGGGAAAAUGGUAGUAUAUGGAUGAAAGAGGGACGGAUAGGAGAAGAUAUGAUUGACGAUGAAGAGAAAGAUAGAUACCCCGUGAUGUUUGAUUGGGAAUAUAGUCGUAUUUCCAGUCUCCCCUUUUUUACUUUUUUCUGUUUCCUUUUUGUCCCCUCGUUCACUUUCUCUGCUAUAUGAUUCUCGUCCGCGCCUAGUGAUGAAACAUUCUACACUUUGACAUGACAUCACCCCUCACACAUUUCCUUCCUCAUCAAUUCCACGUGCUCAAAUCCCACCCAUUUCAUGUAUUCCCAACACC